AGUACUCCCCAAAAAGCCCGACCCCGCCCGCCACGCCUUCGCCCUCCUGGAGAAAAACACCCCCCGCUCCGGUUGGCCUCGCCCUCGCCUCGCCCGCGCUUUCCAGGAGACGUGGAGAAGUCCACUCGCAGGACGGGGGUGGUUUCGGAUACGCUCUCCCGCUUUCUUCGUGCUCGAUUUCCGUCCCGAGGAAGAAGGGGCUCUCGCGGCGCCAUGGACUCCUCCGACUCCAAGGGCUGCAUGGGGCAGUUUUGCACCUUCGUGCGCUCCCUGAAGGGCAUGAUCCUCGCCGCGGAAAUAUGCGGCUGUAUUCUUAUCCUGGUCUGCUAUGGCGCUUCAAGAACACCCGGCUACACAUCAUUGGCCAUUUGCAUGUUGAUUUACUGCAUCGUGAUGUUUAUCAUCUACAUGUGUGCGUUGGACAAUCAGAUGAGUUUCAUCCAUUGGGGAUGGACUGAUUUCAUAAGAGCUCUCAUAGGAGCCGUUGCCUUCCUCAUUACCUCCCUAAUUGUUCUCAUUGGGCACUAUGAUGGCGCUGGCAUUGCUGCUGGGGUUUUUGGAAUUCUUACUGGGAUCCUCUUUGGUUAUGAUGCUUACACCAUCUUACCGAAGCUGAAAAAAUCACACACAGCAACUCCCACCGAGCCUACAGAAGGGAUCUGAAGAGGACAUUUCUCUGGUUCGUCAUGAUGGCAUAUCACACAGGACCCAUCACCUCUUGCCUCCCACCAGAAGAGUAUCCCCGUCUGCUUCGCAGCAUUUCUUUUUCUCUCCUCUUUCUCUUGAUGUCUCCAUUUGGGAGGCAAAUUCCUUCAGACAGAUCAUUCUUCUCCCCUAAUCUUGAGAGCCAGCAUAACAUAGUGCUUUGAGUGUUUGUUGGACUAUGGCUAUGGAGGUCAGGGUUUGAAUCUCUGCUCAGCCAUGGAAACCUACUGGAUAUCCCUGGGCAAGGCACACACUCAAACUCACGAAACCCCUGUGAUGGAUUCACUUUAGGGUUGCCAUAAGUUGGAAAUGACUUGAAGGCGCUCAACGACAACUGCUGCCACUACCUAGUUCCCUUUUCUGAUUUCAUCCUAACAAGAGAGGUUUCUGGGAUCCAUAGACAGGAGAGAGAAGUGCUCUUGCACAUAUACAGGAUAGCCUCUGCAUACAUUUAUUUUUAGAGGCAGUUUCAGGCCAGUUGAGCAAAAAAAAUCAGGAUAGGUUUUGGUGAGAUCCGGCAGAAAAUGGGACCCUCUCCGAGAAGGAAAAGGGCUCUUGAGAAUCAUUCAUUGUGCCUUUACUCUUCUGUGCCAGUUUUUCCUGAUUUAAAAUGGGGAGACAGGGGACCAGAGACUGGGUGCUUUUGUCUAGUUUGCCUCCCAUUUUAGUUCACUCUGGCUCUAAAAUAGAGAGUAUUGUUUUGGAGGACUCCAAUAAGUAUUUUUUAUUAUUAUUAUUUUAGAAAAGUUAAAAAAAAACCCUUGAGAAUGGACCCGGUUCCAUGCCUUGCAUGCCAAUUAUGAUGGGACAAGUGGUUUAUCUUUUUUUAAAAAAGGUCUUUCCAAUUUUGCCCAUUACCAACCCCUCCCUUCUUGUUUUAGGAAAUACUGUAUUUAUGUAAACACAUUUCUACCCAUUUCUGUGUGGGGAGCCAAUCUUAAAUAGGUGUACACAUGCUGUACUUCUGUAUAAAGGGAUGCUUGAAACUAGGUAGGCAAGGAGGAAAUCUUUUUGUAUUUGGCUCACAGGCCUUAAAGUAGGACACUCUCAUGCCCUGCGGAAUUCAUUGUCCCUCACUGUUUGCAAAUUAUGUAGAAAUAGUAGACACGUCACUAUAAUGUGACCAAGGAAAUAUGCAAAUAUAUAUAUACUUGAUAAAAGGUCACAACAUUCAGGGUUUUUUUUCUUAGCAGGAAACUUAGGUGGCCUCGCUAGAUCAUUUUGGUGUAGUACAGAGUGCAGGCAUCCAUGGUUAUGGGCUCUGUGUUAUUUAUAAAUUGAUAUGGGAACCUUUUUCUUUCACCUUUUAGAGGAAUGGGGACUAUUAUAGCACUUACAUUUACAGUUUCUCCCACCUAUUUGGAAUAGGGACACAGAAGAGAGGAGAGGUGCAUUUGUUUUCUUAAAACUGCCAAACCGUCCAGAUGUCUCUUUCUCUUCUUCACUUUUCUUUAGUCCCUCGGGCAGCUUGAAUACAUUUUGUGCAUUUGUGGGAAGAACUCCAAUGAAUGGUUUUAAUGCAAAUAAAAUAUAGCUGAAUUGGAAGUAACCCUCUGACCACAUCUGUAAACAUUUUGCUUCAGCUUGGUACAUGUGUACUGUCUUUUCGAUAUUUUUUUUUCCUUCUUAAAAAUAAAUGUGAUUUUGGUAGUUACA